AUGUCUGACUCCAGAGUCGCCGGGUUUCUCGUCAUCGAUAUCGGCAUCACGGUGCUUGCUCUGGGUGUGGCUGGUCUCCGCGUCUGGUACCGAUGGUCGCGUGGGCAGCUUGCCACCGCCGACUAUCUCAUCAGUUUUGCAAUGCUCACUUCUUUUAUACACAUGAUUAUCGAUAUUAUUAUUACUGCAGCGUUUGGCUAUGGCCGCCACGAGCGUGAUCUGCCGGCAGAUCUCCAAAAUUCAUGGAAAACUGCUCUUACAUUUUGGCUUAUUCAAAUAUUUACGAAACCACCGCUCAUGUUCAGCAAACUCUCGGUGACAUUCGUCUACCGCCGCCUCUUCUUCAAUGUGGAAGAUUCGGUAGUCCGCAUAUGUCGCAUUAUUAAUUAUACGCUCAUGGUUGUCCUGACGGGCUUCUUCACUGCCGCCACGCUUGUUAGCAUGUUUGCGUGUCAACCGAUACAAAAGGCCUGGCUACCGAAGACACCAGGCGUAUGUAUCGACACUACCAUCAUGUUCAACUAUGUCACCAGCGCUAUCAACAUAUCUACCAGCUUAUGUCUAAUCGGCCUUCCACUGCCGGUGCUUUACAUGUCAAAAAACAGAGAAAUUGAGAUUAAGCAACUGUUUGGGUUAAUCUUGUUUGGCUUAGUGGACACUGCGAUUUCCGCCGUCCGUAUGUACAUGAUUUCCGAUCUGCAUGAUGUCAAACAAGACUUUACUUGGAACAUCAUUCCCACACACAUUAUUAUCGUUGUCGAAAUGAACAUUACUAUUAUUGCAGCAUCGCUUGUCGUUAUGAGGCCCUGCUUUCAGACCAUCUUCGACAACCUCUUCCCCGGGUCACCUAACGCCAGCCACAAUAGGCCUGGUCAUGGGAACUCUAGUCGAGUUAGGAGGGCAUCCGGCUACAUUAGAAGCCUGGGUGAGAGCAGUAAGAGCGCAUUACGUGACCCCUCUGUUCAUACCAGCCCAGAGGGCGUUGCUGGUAUCACCAAGACGGUGGACAUUGAAAUGGCGAGCCAAAACGCCAGCACAGAAGAUAUUCUUCGCGAAACGCGAUUAAGAAAUCCUCUUGAUCGGCCAGAGUGGCACGAAGAGACGGAAAAUAGUUCUCAGAAGAACUAA